AUGAUGAGUUACUACAAAGAAACCUUAUGUAUUGUUUCUUUCUUCUCUUGUCUUUUCAUCACCUCUUCUAUUGCAGGACCAGUCCCAAACCAGCUGGAGAAUGGUUCUCAGAAACUUAUCCCCACUCAGAUUUCAUCACGUGAUAGUAAGGUCUCGUUAUCGACCACGGUGAAGGGUAUGAGAGAACGUCCUCCGUCGUCUUACUCUCUCAAGAUGGAGUCUUUCAACACACUCAUGAAAUCUAUUUACACCGACAGUUAUCAAUCUCGUCCUUUUAGGGUCGGUAAAUACAACUGGACGCUUGUCGUGUAUCCAAAGGGGAAUAAGAACGAUAACGGUGCAGGGUACAUUUCGUUAUACGUCGUCUUAGACAACUCAACUCUCACCUCUCCACGUGAAGAGGUGAGUGUAGAUCUCAGAUUUUACGUCUUCAACAAGAAACAGAACAAGUACUUUACGAUCCAAGAUACUGAUGUAUGGCGAUUCAGCGCAAUCAAAACCAUGUGGGGGUUCUCUAAGGUUCUUCCUCUGACUACGUUUAACAACACAAAGAAUGGAUACCUUUAUGAUGUCGACCAUUGCGAGUUUGGCGUUGACGUCAUCAUUCCAACAUUCAAUGAGAAGUCGGAACUUUUCUCAGUCACCAAGAGUUUCCCAAACCCGAGAUUUACCUGGUUUAUACAGGGACUCUCGACACUGCCUAACGAUCACCUAUCAGAGGAGUUCACUAUCGGAGGAAAAAGCUGGAAUUUACGAAUCUUUAAAAAUGGUUUUGGGGCUUUCGAAGGCAAAAAUUUGUCGCUUUACCUAAACCUUGGCCCCCAAGAGGUACUUAAAACAAAACCUUAUGACAAGGUUUACGUACGAGCCAAGCUUCGCGUUCCUAACCAAUCCGCAUCGCAAUCCAAUACUGUUUUGGAAAGGCCACUUGAUAAUUGGUUCAGUCCGCAGACAAUAGGGUGGGGAUAUGCUGACUUCAUGCCACUUUCUGAUCUAAGAGAUUCAACAAAGGGCUUUGUUGUGAAUGAUAUGUUAGUUGUUCAAGUCGCAAUGGAGAUAAUUUCUUCAACCAAGUACCUUCCUAGUUAGAUUCGUAGGGAAGCAUAAAUCGUGGCAAGGGAUAUAUAUAUGCGUCUAUGUGUUGUGCUUUAAAUCGAACGUUUUAUUUUAAUUUUAUGUUUCUUUAUGGUUUGUG